GGGGGGGGGGAUGUCUUGGGCGCACCAGACCAUAGAGGGGCCUGCACUUCUCCCUUGCUCGUGCUGUAUCCGAGGCCUGCUUUGCAGGUCCGUCCCCCCCGCCCCUGCCUGGAGUGGAGCUUGAGGGCUUUCGCAGUGAGCCUCUGUAGUCCUUCCGUUUGCCCAAAGUAGCACUUCAGGCUGCUCCUCUUUGGCAUUCGUAGCUCUUUCCCCCGUCAGCCUCAAAGCUCUAGUAGGGCAGCGCCUGUCCUUAGAAUUCGAGUAAGCAAAGAAGGAAGAUGCUUUGGUGCUGACUGUGCUUAGUCCCGUUAAGUUGGUGUCACCAUAAGGUCAAGGAAAGGGAAUUGUUUAUCUCUUAAAUAAAGGAAGCUGCGUUGUUCCAGCUUCCUGGGAUGUCGUGGAGAUUGGAAUUGUUCCAGACAUGCUUGCUCUGGUGUUGCUCUGGGAGAACACCUUGAUGGAUGAUUAGUACCAUUCAGUGAUGGGCUGUGGGACUAGCAAAGUACUUCCUGAGCCUCCCAAGGAUGUUCAUUUGGAUCUCGUUAAAAAGGUGGAGCCAUAUACUGGUUAUAAAACUGACAUAUAUAAGCACUUCAUCAAGGGUGAUGGAGAUGCCAUCAAAUCUGCUAUCCCUUCUCCUCCUCGUCACACUAACCCACAUGUGGAACAGGCAGAGCCUCGCAAGAACAGAGUGGCAAAGUACCGUGCAAAAUUUGAUCCCAGAGUGACAGCCAAGUAUGAUAUCAAAGCCCUGAUUGGCCGAGGCAGCUUUAGUCGUGUAGUACGGGUGGAGCACAAGGCUACCAAGCAGCCGUAUGCAAUCAAGUUAAUAGAGACUAAGUACCGUGAAGGAAGGGAAGUGUGUGAGUCAGAGCUGUGUGUGUUGCGUCGUGUUCGGCACACCAAUAUCAUCCAGCUCAUUGAAGUGUUUGAGACUCAGGAGCGUGUCUACAUGGUGAUGGAAUUGGCCACUGGAGGGGAGUUGUUUGACCGAAUCAUUGCCAAAGGUUCCUUCACUGAAAGGGAUGCUACCCGAGUGCUGCAAAUGGUGUUGGAUGGAGUUAAAUACUUACAUACAUUGGGCAUAACUCACAGGGACUUAAAGCCAGAGAACUUGCUCUAUUACCACCCAGGCAUGGAUUCUAAAAUAAUGAUCACAGACUUUGGGCUGGCGAGUGCUCGAAAGAAGGGAGACGACUGCUUAAUGAAGACUACCUGUGGGACACCAGAGUAUAUUGCCCCAGAGAUCUUGGUCAGAAAGCCCUACACAAACUCAGUAGACAUGUGGGCACUGGGUGUGAUCUCAUACAUCCUACUAAGUGGGACGAUGCCUUUUGAAGAUGACAACCGCACCCGCUUGUAUCGGCAAAUUCUGAAAGGAAAGUACAGUUACUCAGGGGAGCCAUGGCCCAGCGUGUCCAAUCUUGCUAAGGAUUUCAUUGACCGUCUGCUCACAGUGGAUCCUAGUGACCGGAUGACAGCUCUUCAAGCCUUAAAGCACCCCUGGGUGGUCAGCAUGGCUGCCUCUUCUUCCAUGAAGAACCUGCACCGCUCCAUAUCUCAGAACCUCCUCAAGAGGGCAUCAUCUCGUUGCCAAAGCACCAAGUCAGCCCAGUCCACCCGCUCCAGCCGCUCCACUAAAUCCAAUAAGUCCCGGCGGGUACGGGAGCGGGAACUGCGAGAGCUGAACUUGCGCUACCAGCAGCAGUACAAUGGCUGACAACUCAGCAGGAGGCUGCCUGGCUUGUUCUUUCUUUGUCAUUGGGACAUGUUCUGCACUGUGUUCACUAAGUGAGGGGGCCCCAAGCUCCAGCCCUCUUCUCUCCAAGCCCAACUUCCUAUGUCCAUCUUCCUGCCUUGGGAGAUGGAGCUUUAGGGAUGCUGCUGCCCCUGGGAGCACAUCUCACCUGUGUAGGGUCAGGGGAUUAGAAAAUCCUGCUUCUUGGCCCAGCCCUGGAAAAAAAGUCUACAGUUAGUUGCCUGAAAUACUGGAGCCACGCAGAAGAGUCCUUCCCUAGCCAAGAAUCUUUGCUACUCCUAUUUAUUGACUCCCAAGUUUUAUCUAGCCAGCCUUUGUUGCUACAGGGUCUGGGAGGGGAUGAUUUAGGCCAGGGUAGCUAACAUGGUACCACCCAAACGUUGUAUUACAGCUCGUCAUCUCUGUUGACUGGUCAUGCUGACUGGGGCUUAUGGGAGUUGGAGUCCAGCAAUAACUGAAAGGCACCACAUUGGCUAUUGCUGACUUAGGCUGUUGGUUAAAAUCAGGAUCAUGGAACCCCAUGGGUCCACAGGUGCAGAAGGAGAUUACUGAGUUCCUCUUCUGGCUGCAGCCUUUUGCACUGCACCAGACAUUGCCCCAGAAGUUUUUGUGACAUCAGUUGGGGGUUUUCUGCACCCAAGAGAGGGGGAAGGGGAGCCUAUAAGUCCCAGUGCAUGUGUGGAACACCUUGCACAGCUCUCUGAAUCUUGGGCUAUGCACUUUCACAGUUUCAGUUUUCACUUGGUUUUGCACUUAAAUGGCUGCUUUCCAUCCAUACAGCUGUGAAAUGGGGACCAAAUUCUCCUUUGAUACUUGUUGGAGGAAAUCAGAAUUAGUGCUGCUCCUGUCACUGUCCUGUGUGUUGAAGGCCGGAGAAAUGGUUGUGCCUUAACUACACUAAUUUUGUUGGCUGGGAAUGGCUUUUCCUCCCACUAUUUUGGAGCCUUAUCUUGCUCUCUGUUGUAUCUUUCCACUUAAUGCUGGAAUGAAUUAUAGGAAACCCGGUCAUCAUUCUGACUCAAUCAGUGCUUAGAUGUGUGACUCAGUACUGCAACAUUGCAAGUGACUGAGGAGACAUCAGACAGCUUUCUUCCCUCUUCUGACCUGUACACACACCGGGGGGGGGGUGUCUCUCAUCACAGGGGUGACAUCAAAAGUCUGUUUCUCUCAUUAAAGGCUUGAGUGGGUUCAAACAACUGCUGUGCUUGCCUCUACAGCUGGCACACUGGGGUGCAGGCAAUGCAGCUUAGAAUCAUAAAAUCACAUAGCUUAAAGGGACCCAAAGAUAAUCUACGCUGCAUGCCCCCCCCCCCGGAUUAACCCACUUUCCCUUGGUUUUAGUGUGCUGCAAAUAAAGAGCCAGAGAGCAAAUCAGGUGCUCACACCAGAGCUGCCUCUUGAAUUAAGUAAUAUGAAAAAAAUCUAGACAGCAAGCUUGGUGCUUAUUACAGCAGCAAAUUGCCAGAGUCAGUAGCCAGUCUGAGCAGAGAGACAACGUGUUUCUGUAGGGAUUUUCUGUCUCCAGUUAGACUUUUAUCUAAAAGUGUAGCAAAAUGAUGUAAUGAGGUACCAGAGUCCUGAAAUAAUAGGAUGGCCUGGGGGUGGGAUAAAUUUAUUUGGGAUAUAGGAGCAAGUCUUGUUGUUCUGCCCUUUCAUUCACCCCAGUAGAGAAGGUCAAGAAAAAAGGGCAGCUAUUGGAGUUUCCAACCUUAAAUCAAUAUUUCUCUGUCCUGUUCAUGAUUGGCAUUGUGCCCUCACAUCAGCUGCUCUGUUUCACAGAAACCAGCUACUUCCAGCCUCUGGUGGCACAUCCUGUUUCUGAGAGCAACUCUCUUGUGCUGGUUAAUGUGUCAGGAUACAUUGUCAGACAUCAGCUUAAGGACAUUGCGUCAGUCAUGGUAGGCAGGUGGCCAUAUCAUUUUGGGCAGUUAAAUUUUAUUGACGUCUACAAAGGCACUUCCUGUCCCAAUGAACAGUGACUCAGUGGAGGUGUUAAGAGUAAAGGUGUACGAAGUGUCUGGGAGUGAUACCAUUGCAGUGGGGUAGCCCUUGGGUGCUCCCAAGUGUGCAUUUCCCCAUGACAGAGAGGGAGGGAGUGAUGGUGCUACAGUAGCUGUGAUGUUGAAUCGCUCAUUAGUAAGGAUGUGAGUCUGCCUUGUCCUCACCUUGUUGAGACAUCAGCAUUACAUAGGAAAAGUAAUGUAACACACAGCUUGUGUGCUUAAGAAGCUUUAAUCCACUACAGUGGGAUUGAUUCAUGUCCAUGUGUUCCUGCAGUAGUUCUAGAGGUACAUUAUGCAGAACCAGUUUCUCAGCCCAGGGUGACAUCUAGUGGUCCAACAUACUCUCUCUGUCAGUAACCAGGCUCCUAUUGAUGCUUGGCUUUAUCUCAUACAGUGGUUUCACUUAGGUUACUUUGCAGUUGGAGAUGCACCUGCUAUUUAUGUGUCACCAGUGAGUAUUGCCCACUACUGCUGGCACACUGGUCUUUCCAUUGACUUUUGUGGUGUGCAUGUGACUGCUUCAGGAGACACCCCAGCAUGGGUGGUAGUGGUAAAGGUCUCUGCCUUGUCUCUCUAUUUCCAGUUGUCUAUUCUGGAUAGGACACCAAUUUCAUAGAGGGUUAUUCCUUUAGACUCACUCACACUUUCCCCCACAGUUAUUUCUGUUACGCGAUGGGGAAAUUGCCAAAUGUGAGGUGUCUAUGUUCAACAGCCCUGGCAGUGAGAAAUUUCUGUGUUAAGGAAUUAUUAAGUUUGUAGGUCAAAAGAAAAUGACAACAUGACCUCACUGUUGUUCCGUCCUGGAUUGCAGAACUCCUAGUCCAUGCUUUUGCUUCUCCUGCUCAGAGUUCAUGCCAGUGAACCGGAUUCAUUGUGUGCAUUUGCUUAAAAACAAAAAGCAACAAGAUGGCAACACUUGGGUACUGAAUUGUCUCUAGAUGUUGACGUUGGUCUCUAUCUUAUACCACCCCUUCCCUCCCUGUUGGAACAGUAAAUAUUGUAAAUAUAUUGGAACUUAGCAAUACUGUGUGAAAAACAAACCAACCCAUACAGCAUCUUGGAUCUAGUGGUGCAAAACCCACCUAUCCACUGUGGAAUGGGAUAAGGUCAAUGAUUGCCACUUCAGAGAAUGCCAGCUUCAGAUUAUGUGACGUUUUUGUUGAUAAGAGAGGACUCACCCCAGAGACAUAACUGGGAAUGGCGAUAGGGGUAUCAUGGACAAGAGGCAGCUUCUAACUGGGUUGUGCCAUUUGAAAUGUCUCACGUUUUUGAGCCUGGAGAUUCUUCAUGAUUACUUCCUCCUACUGGUUUCCAAGUACUCCGUGUACAGGAGUUCCCCUUCUGUAUCAGCAGAUUCUUCAUGAUGACUUCCUCCUACUGGUUUCCAAAAUUCCCCUUGCCCCUUUGGAUAGUACCUUGAAGUGUCAUUGUGCCUUAACACCAGCCAGCAGGGAUAAGGAGGUGUAUUCUGCUGGGACAAAGGGCCUUGGGGUAGUUUAAUCAGAAAGGGGACAGGCUAGCAUCUGCUAUAUCUCUUCUCUUGUGUUGGGAAAGUUAGUUUCUGUUGCAAUAAAGGCAGUGCCCCAAUCA